ACCACCAACUGCCCCAAUGCAGCUCAACAGAGCUUCGUUGAGCCUGGUUUGCUCUGGCAACAUUGCACUUGUUCAUUGUUCAAACCGCUUGUGGAAGUGCAACCUCCAUGAAUGAAUCCGUACAGCUGCUGAAGCUGCAGAUGUUCUACGUAUUAUCAUUCGGCGAGCAGUGACACAGCCAGCACCAUCCAGGGUUGAUCAUUAGCCAACCAACGGGGGACGAGCUGAGCCAGCCACCACGCACUCCAUUCUGCAGAGCCUUGACUGACUCCUGUUCUGGUCCUUCUGUCCUCCUCCGCUGAGUCAGCCUUAGACAGAAAAAUGAAGCUGUGUCUUCUUCUCCUCUGCCUUUGUCUCUGCCACUUCGGACUGACUGAUGAACCCACUCUACCGGCUUUUGAUGUUUCUGGUGCUGUAGUGGUGCACACAGAUCAUCGCUGUGGGAGACAGCGAGUCUUCAGCCCUGAGGACCACCGAGCAGUAGGAGGUGCUGUGGAGAGACUCGGUGUCCAGCUCCUGCAAAACCUUGCCACUGGUCAACAGCAGCCCAACGUCAUCCUCUCACCCCUCAGCCUGGCCUUUGCCCUCGCUCAGCUCACCUUAGGUGCUCGAGCAGAAACAGAGACUCUGCUGCAGAGGACCCUUCGUGCUCAUUUGCUGCCCUGUUACCAUCAUAUCCUCGGGAGCCUUGCGCCUCAUUUUAGCAACACAUCAUUGGACGUGGCUGCUCGCAUGUACGUGAGACCAGGGUUUGAAGUGAAGCCGUCUUUCGUUGAGGACUCUGUGGCCAGGUACCGGUCCCGGCCCGUUCCUCUGAUGUCGGUGGAGGAGGUCAACCAGUGGGUGGAAAAUGUCACCAAAGGCCACAUCUCCAACUUCCUGGAGACUUUACCACAUGAGGUGGUGCUUAUGCUGAUGAAUGCCGUCUACUUCAAAGGGGAGUGGCAGACGCGGUUCGACCCCCUGGUGACCUCCAAGGGAGUGUUCUACCUGGACAAGCAGAACUCUGUGCCAGUGGACAUGAUGAAGUCUGCUCAUUACCCUCUGCGCCUGCUGGAGGAUCCAGAGCUGGAAGCACAGGUUGCCAGUCUUCCCUUCAAGGGGAACACCAGCUUCCUGAUCGUUCUGCCGUUGCCAGGGAGGAAAAACGUGUCAUCAUUACUUCCCAAACUGAACAUCUCAGACCUCUACAAACGUCUACCUCAAGAGAAAACCAUGCAGGUCAACCUGCCAAAGGUAAAGCUGCAGUAUCGCCAGGAGCUGGAGAAGGCGCUGACCAACAUGGGCCUCGGCACCUUGUUCUCGGCUCCUGACCUCUCGGGCAUCUCCCAGCAGCCUCUGCGGGUGUCGAGCAUCCGCCACGCCAGCACCGUGGAGCUCAGUGAGGAAGGCGUGGAGGCAUCCGCCACCACUGCCGUGACUUUGAUGCGCUCCGUCGCCCUGUUCUCCGUGAACUCCCCCUUUCUGUUCGCCCUUGUUGAUGACGCCUCGCUGGUUCCCCUCUUCAUGGGCAUCAUCACGAACCCAGUGCCCGACAAAGACCUCAUGCCCAGUGAUGAUCCUCAGGGCAACAACACCAUAGACCACCAGCCUCCGAUGAACAACGGCAGGAACAGAGACGCAAGCAGUGAAAACAACAGCACAUCCCGCUCUGAGCAUGUGGCACAUGGCAGCAGCCCACAGCCCAACAGCGCUGCCACUGGAGAAAAGAAGCAGCUGACCAGAACCAGGCAGAAGGAGGCGCAGGCUGACGAAAUCUGCUCCAAGUCCCACACGAUGGUUCCAGCCUCAGUCUGAUUGGUAGAACUGCGUCUGUUCACAGCUUCAUCUUUACGUAGCCUAGCUUCGCAUAAAGACUGGGAGACAGGAAUGGAGCUGUGGCUCUGAUCUGCCCACCAGAACCUUCAUGUCUCUGUUUAAUGCCAUGUAGCUCGGAUUCAGGCAGCACUGACGUGAGACCAAACAGUCGUCUCCACUGCCUCGAGCUUCACGCUUUGCAGAUGCUUUUUUACUAUAUGAUUUUAAUUUCAUAGUAAGUCUGGGCAAAUAAAGUUUCACUCAGCAGAG